AUAUUACAAAUCCGAUUAGGGUUUGGAAGGGGGUUGUAGAAACACACCUCAAUUCGUGGCUUCUCGCCUCAAAGCAGCGCUUCGCUUGUUAGAAAAACCACUGGCCAACAGCAGCAACCAGAGUCGCAGACGAAGCUGACUGGCCAGGUUGGCCGCUCCAUGUCAGAAGUAGCAGCAGCAUGACUGCAGCUGCAGUUCGGCUGCAACUAAAGAAGCAACAUCCGCCGCUGUGGACGCGUACCCGAUCACCAAGAGCAAUUAUUGUUGCAGGUGCAAUGUCUAAGAAAGGUUACGUACAACGUCAGGGAGCCGACCCCAGCGUGCGCGACCUUCCCGGGGCCGCCGUGGGGAUCGACCUGGGGACGACGUACUCUGUGGUGGCGGGGUGCCGCGAGGGCAGGGUGGAGAUCUUCGCCAACGCGCACGGCAAGCGCACCACGCCCAGCGUCGUCGGCUUCCUGAACGGCGAGUCUUGCGUCGGGGACGCGGCCGCGGACCUGCCCGCCGCCAACCAGGUGUUCGAUGCCAAACGGCUGAUAGGUCGCCCGUGGCGUGACCUGCACGUCCAGAAGGACAGGGCCGUGUGGCCCUUCGAGCUGGUGGAGCAGGCGGGCGUGCCCAGGAUCCGGGUGGACGUCGGCGGAAAGUUGGAGACCUUCGCCCCCGAGGAGAUCUCGGCCAUGGUGCUGCGUGACCUGAAGAAGACGGCCGAGGACGCCCUGGGCCAGACUGUCUCCAAGGCCGUCGUCACCGUGCCCGCCUUUUUCAACGAGAGGCAGCGCCAGGCGACCAAGGACGCCUGCAAGAUCGCCGGCAUGGAGGUGCUGUCCGUGAUCAGCGAGCCCACGGCGGCCGCGCUGGCGCACGGCCUGCACAAGGACACCGCCAAGUCCCCAAAGACCGUGUUCAUCUUCGACCUGGGCGGCGGGACCUUCGACGUGUCCAUCGUGCGGAUCAGCGGCUGCGAGUUCACGGUCCUGGCGGCGGGCGGAACGACCGACCUGGGCGGCCAGAACUUCGACGAGGUCCUCAUCGCGCACUGCAUCAAGGACGCAAAGCGACAGUUGAACGCGAACCUUACUGAGGACAAGCAGGCCGUGCAAGACCUCCGCAAGGCUUGUGAGCUCGCCAAGCGCAGGCUGUCCAACAUGCCGCAAGUGACCAUCUCUGUGUUCUUCACCCCGCUCUGCAAGAUCUAUCAGACGACCGUCACCAGGGCCUUGUUCGAAGACCUGUGCGCCCCACUGUUCAGCACGACAAUCGCGGUUGGCGAGGAGGUGCUUGCCGAUGCCCAGUUGGCGCCCGCUGAUAUCGACGAGGUGGUGCUCGUGGGCGGCUCGACCCGCAUCCCCAAGGUGCGCGCGCUGCUCCGGAACAUGUUCGGCAACGGCAAGGUGCUGCGCCUGUCCAUCAACCCGGACGAGGCCGUGGCGCACGGCGCGGCGCUGCACGCCGCCAAGGUGGUCGGCGACAAGGUGGUCGACGGCGUGGUCAAGCUGAGGGACGCCACCCCGCUGUCUCUGGGCAUCGAAAUCAGCGGCGAUCGGUUCAGCACCCUCAUCAAAAGGAACACGCCCAUUCCCUGCAGGAGCACUGGAAAGUACUGCAAUUCCCUCGACAACCAGACAGCGAUACAGAUUAAGCUGUACCAAGGAGUCAGACCUCUCGUCACCGACAACUGCUAUCUCAACAAGGACUUCAACAUCGAGGUCCCUCCCAAACCCAAAGGCCAGGCCAUCAUCGAUGUUACGUUCGAGCUGGACGAGAGCGGCCUGCUGCUGGUGACGGCCGCCGACCCGACCACUGGGCGGCAGGCGCAAGUGCAGGUGUCCGCACAGGAGGCGUACCUCAGCAAUGACGACAUCCAGGCCAUGAUCAAGAGGGCAGGCCGCUUCAGACGCGAGGACCAGGAGGCCCUUCUCGCAGCCCAAAAUGUGUAAGUUUUCUGUUCCGCUAUCUUUAGCGUUGAAUUAUGUUUAAAUCAUUAACGAGUUCUUUUUAAAGAUUGAGAAAUUAUGUACUGAUUUUAUUU